CUAGCCUCACAGCGGGGACGUUCACUGGCUGGAGGGGCAAAAUAGUGAGGGGAUCGACGCAAUUCAGCAUCUGCAUUCUGCAACAGUGGUGCCAGUUCACUCUACAUUGAACUCACAUUCACAUUCACAUUCACAUUCAUUCACAUUUCAGCCCCCUCACCCCAAGAUAAUUGUUCGAUCCAUUAUUAUCUAUCACACAGACGGUAAGUAACUGGGUGUAUCCGUUUCCAUGACUUCAUGCAUUCCUUUUUGAGCAAAAAUAUGUCGCCAAGCGCCUCAGACGCCCAUCUGAUAGCCAAUCGAGUCGCAAACUCAAUCGUAUCUGGGCGAAAAAAGGUUUGCUGUUCCGUUCCAGUUGUUGCUCAGAGGCGGUCCGGCAAAAGUAUGUAUGUGGACUGCACUGUAGUGUUGGGGGGAGACAGCCCACAGACACGACACGGCCGGACUCAAACUCAGUGUGUGACGAGAGUUCCAACGUGCAGAGUGACGCCGGCCUCCGACGUCUCCGCUCCAGAGAGUGAGUACCGAGUACGCCUACGCCGCCCCGGCCGGGAGAGAUGUUGGGGAGGACAGAGGACAGUGGCAGCCACACGGAGGAGGGAGGCAAAGCUACGGCCAAACUGUGAUUCAUCAUGGGGGCGGUUGAUUAUGACGAUUCGCCCGACGGGUGGGCCUCUGAAGCCAGUCAAGUCACGGAGAGGACACGCAGCACAAGAGACGGCUACGGCACAGCGCACUCUUCCCUUUCUUGGGGGGUGUCAGUAGACACAACACAGACAUACAGACAGAACAGGCACCGCCCAGGUUGCUAGAGAUCUGCCACCAGAGGCCUAUGACUGGUCCAAGGCAUGCUUCGAGUGGCAGUGGGCCGAUGGAUGGCGUUAGUGCUGAGAACUGAUGAGUGAGAAUCGACAGAACAGAGCAGAAAGCCCAAAAAGAUGAUGGUGGGCCUGGGAGGAACCUGAGAGGACGUGGCCUGGAGGCAGUGACACAGAGAGAACCACUUCUAAACGGAUCCUUGCCUUUUCGUAUAUUGCUCAGCGUCACCAAAUCAAGUCCUCUGUUCAAUCCCUGCCUCUCGUCCAACGCCUCACGAGCCAAGGACGCCCCCCCCUUCCCUCCGGCUCUACGCCCAGACAAGAAUAGAGCAUUAACACAACGCUACGAAUACGCUACGCAACACAACGCUAACGCUACCGCACAACGAGGCCAAGGCCAAGACCCAAGACAGGGCCAUACCCAUGCUCAUUAAUCUCUCCAUCUGGACAAGGGUAUGAUUGAGGCGGUGGGUCUGCUCCACGCAACGCAAUCCCAAGCCCGAGGCGUGGAUGGAUAGUGGAUGUGUCAAGUGUGAGCAACUGAGUGAAGCUGCUCGACUAACUCGAUGUACGUACCGUCAUGUCUUGGGUGGGUGUGUGUCUGUCUCGCUCGCCUUGUCCUUGUUCGCUAGAGAGACUUAACUUAUCUAUCGUCGCUGCCCAUCUCCAAACUCGGCUGGAUCUAGUUUGAGGAACCUCUAUCACCACUUUCACGACACUCCUUCCGGCAACCUUCUCUCACUCUCUCGCAGACGUGACCUUCUGGUCUACUCUUGUCGAACAACAACUCUUCAACCUCCCACUCGGCAAUAUCUCCCCUGGAAGGACGACAAAAACUCACUCUUCUCACUCAUCUCUCUCGACCCGUUGAUUCGGCCAUCGGGACCUCAAAAAGCUACUACUUCAACCACCAACCACACCCCAAGGAACUCUUUUUAAUAACGACCCGUUUGGAACUUCACUGGACCGGACUGGACUUUGGAACAGGAUCUCCCAUCACAGGCCGUAGGAAAAUACUCUGUGUGUUUUCUUCUCUUUCCUUUUCUUGCUGCUGUAUGCCGUGCCGUUUUGGAUUAUCUCUCUGCCGGCCCUAGGAUCUACUUCAACCUCAAACCAGAGAAUACAACCCAGUUUCUAGGAUUACUUCGUGAGAUACCAACCAGAUAACAUGCAGCAACAUGCCAUAUUCGGUUACCAAACCCCUCCGCCCUCUCCAGGAUUCGAUCAUCCCAAGUGUACUGUUCAACAACCAUUUGCCGUCCCUCACUCUCGACACUUCCAGAACCGAUGCGUCCCUCUCGCCCCGGAGGCCAGGCUAGGCCGCGUGCUUGAGGGUACUCUCCAGCUUACUGACAUCCUUGGAACUGGCGCCUAUGGCGUCGUGUACCUUGCCGUCGAUCUCAAGACCGGAGGUAAAUACGCUGUCAAGUGCUUGAGCAAGUUCAAUCCCGAUGGAACCCCUUUGGAAUCCAGACAAUUUGCCUACCAACAACGAGAGAUCCGUCUUCACUGGAAGGCAUCGGAACACUCCAACGUGGUCCAGAUGCUCAAGAUUGUGAAUGAUCCUGACUGCAUCUAUGUUAUUCUCGAGUACUGCCCUGAGGGUGAUCUCUUCUUGAAUAUCACUGAGCGCGGUCAAUAUGUUGGUAAGGAUGAACUAUCAAGGAAUAUCUUUCUGCAAAUCCUGGAUGCCGUUGAACACUGCCACAACCUUGGAAUCUACCACCGGGACCUCAAGCCGGAGAACAUCUUGGUGACAGACCACGGAGACACUGUUAAGCUGGCUGACUUUGGUCUUGCUACUUCUGAUGAUCGAUCUGAGGACUACGGAUGCGGUUCAACAUUCUACAUGAGUCCAGAAUGCCUGGACCACUCUGCUAGGAAGCCUUACUACCUUUGCGCCCCCAAUGAUGUCUGGAGCCUUGGAGUUAUCCUCGUCAACCUCACCUGUGGACGCAACCCAUGGAAACAAGCUUCCUUCCAGGACUCUACUUACCGUGCCUAUGCCGGAUCCAAGGACUUCUUGAAGACCAUCCUCCCAUUGUCGGAUGAACUGAACGACAUUCUGGGACGGAUCUUCGAGCCUAUCCCCGAGCAGCGGAUCACUCUUUCUGAGCUCCGAACCAGGAUUAUGGCCUGCUCUAUGUUUACCGUGCCGCCCAUGUCGUCUCUACCGACACCUCCGGCCUCACCAAACCACAUCACCGAAUACGUUUCCUCCGAGGAUGCCAUCAUCGACGACUAUGAGUACGACUCACCACUGUCGCCUGCCUCCUCUGACGAUGAGGGUUCGCUUACUUCAAGCGACUCUACCAUUGACGACCUGGACGACGAGUUUGAACAGGAACGCCAGAUGCCACAGACUCCUCCUGAGUUUGCACCACACGCCUUCGACCCUGAGGAGCCCAAGGAACAUCAACUCAUCUACCACAGCCAGGAAUUCGUGCCCCAGAAGUACUCUGGGCCCGUCCCCGUGCCAGUGGCCGUUCCCCCUCAGCCCAUGCUUUGCCAGCAGGUCCCUAUGCCUAUCCAGGCUCAGGUUCCUGUCUCUGUGCAAGCUCCUUGUCAACCCAAAUCAUAUUUCCCUAUCUGGGAUAUGGUAAAAUACGUUCAACAAGUGCCCAUGCUUCAGCACCAUGUGCCCUUUCAUCAACAGGUCCCCUUCAUGCCUACGUUCCAAGGUUGUUACUAAGGUCUGAGACAUGAUCUCUCGCCUUCGACAUAAUGGCCACUAUUAUUACUACCACGACCUCACCUGGAUGAGAUGUCACCGAGGCCACAAACCCCACUGGCCUAGGACACUGUUUGAUUCUUCUAUACCACCUUGGAUAUUACUCGACUUUAAUAUCGACCCUUGGCCACAUCACCAUGGAACCAAUACUCACCCAAAGCCGUGCAAGGAUACGCCUACCAAAAACACUUUUUACGACCCAUUGAAUGACAGUCCGGGAUUGCUUCUUUUCGGCCUUGUAUUCCCUUUUUGGAGCAACAUUUUCUUGUUUCGGGUUAUUUAUUUUCUUUGUCACAAAACAUUUCUUUAUUUCACUUUACAAAAUACUUAGUUAAAAGCGAGGAGUUUUGUCUUUUCGAAUAUUAUGAGGAUGGGCAAGAUAUCAGUUGUAGAAGCAUGAUGUUUGGCGCAUCGAGACUUUUAUGGGAGGCGAACUUUGUUUGUUGUCAUUUCUGCAGAGACAGAAAAGAAGACUUGGAAAGAUUGGAGUUGUUGCUUGUCCGAUCCUCGUUUAUAUUCUCUUUUUCUACCAGCCCAAGGAAGAGCUCAUGUUUGUUUUGCCCAGGAAUUCCAGAGGAUAAUGACUGUUGAUCUUUUACUCCUCAUUUUUGUUAUGCUAUUACUGUCUGGAAGGCGUCUGUCUUUUGUGAUAGAAGCGGGAAGAAUGGCCAUGGCUUGCACUUGAACUGGAUCAGAGAUACCUCUUUACUAUUUUUAUCAUGAAGGAUCGGAUGGGGACUCUUCAAGAAGAGGAGGAAAAGAAGUUGACAUGAGACAGGAGUCAUAUGGACUUGACUCUUGGUCCCGAGCAAAGAUUAGAGUGAAGAGGACAUGGCUCAAUAGCCACAGCGCAUAUUGCGCAACCAUACGUUUACUGAGGGAUAGACGGCACCUCGCACAAAAGAGAUGCAUCUGCCGAUCAUCCUAUGAAUGAAAGAUUACACACAAUAAGAUGCCUCACUCAUACAUGCUGUCCCAACUCUUGCUGUGCCAUGUGAAAUGUGAUUGAACUUGAUCGUCCGUCUCGACUAACAGCAUCCAUCAACAGCAGCAACAUGAUGAUGUCUCACAAAAGCGGCUUCGGAAUAGCGUCACGUACUAUAGACCCCGGUCUACCGCAUCACACUACGGUGCUCCCGCUCAAGCUGCAUGCGAGCCGAAGUAGAAAAAAGCAACUUAACCAUCCCUGGAACUCGUGCAUCGUGGGGCGGGCGUUAGCGAUGCAACGCUUGCGAGAGCGAGAAAAAAAAGAAAAGAAGAGAAGGGAAAAAACAAGGCGAGAGCGUGGCGCCCAAUGAGCAGGGAUAGUUUAGUUAGGGCGAGCGGCAUGAGUUUUGGAAUGGAUGUGUGGAGAUGGUCGCAGCGAAUUAGACGGGCAGACGUGAAAAGGUGAGGCGGGCUCGAGGAGGGUAGCGUGAUGAGGAGGAGACGAUUAUUGGGGCGAUGGAUGAAGGAUGAGGAUGAAAGUCAAGACAAUCUUACUGCUCACAUCACAGAGACAAGAAGGUGGUGUUGGUGGUGGUGAAGGUGGUGAAGCUAUUCAGGGAAAUAUGAGAGACAACUGAUAACAUUCAAGUACUGACAAGUACACAAAAUUACAUGAUACUCUAUAAUACCCUGGUUAUAACGGAAUACUUUAGAGUACACCGCAGAGGCCAUUUAAACUGCCGACCACUCAACGUGAGACAAGGCACGGAAAUGGAACUCUGCUGCAUGCAUCGCAUUAUCUCAACCCAGUCACUAAUAACAGACAAGAAAUCAAUAGCCUGUUUGGCCUCAGACUCACCGCUAUCUAAUAAAAAAAAAACCUCAAGACACUCAGGAAAAAAUGUCUCAGGCCCUUGUUUCGAGUAGAGUAAU